ACUGUCUUCGUCUUUUGUUUUUGUCUGACAUAGUCUACAAUUGACCUGGCAAUAGAGGACUUUUAUUUUGAAAUUGGAAUCACAACAUUCGUCCACUCACAAUGGACAUAGUCUCAUAGAGAAGCAGCUGCAGUGUUCAUUCCUCCUCUGUCACACUAGCCGGGAUACAGCUGAACUGAACUGCUACUUUUUUCACUUCUGCUUUAAAGCAGCAUGUGAGUAGAGUCUUUUUUAUUUUUAUUACUCAUUAUGCCGAAGGAACUAUGAUUUAAAAAGUAUUGGAAAAUCAGUGUUAUGUCUGCUUUGGUAAAUGUCAUGACACAUCAAAACAAUGGUGUCUUACCAAAUUCACCAGAUGAACUUUACAAAAAAAGGGACUCUAGCUAGAUUCUAAUAUAUCUGGUUCUAACUAGUAAUCGCUGAACUUGAUCCAAAUAUAGGCUACAUUGAUUAAAUAAGCCUGAGUAACUUUAAACUUAAUGCGGGAUUUCUAGAAUGUGAAAGGCCUACUUUUAACUUCAAGAACAAUUAAGGCUUGGUUUUCAGCAGUAAUGUAUUUGUCAUUUUGGUGAAUUAUAUUCUGAUUUGUUCGUGCAUGAAAAUAUUCACUGUUCUGUGAGUUUUAGAUACCACUGAUCAUUCACUAGCAUAAAUGCACUAUGACACUUCUAACAAUCUACCAGUUGCCGGCAGAAAGGACAUGCAACACAUCUUUGACAGGGGAGACACCAAUAAGAUGUAUGAGAUCACUCACACAGGAGACAUUAGUGAUAGUAUGAAUGGUUCCAUGGACUCCUCUGACCACUCAUUGCAAGACUGCAGAGAGAGUGCAUCAGUUAGAACCUGUGGAACUGUACAGGGACAAGAUGAGGGGCCUUCAGUGCAGCAGGCUGAUGGAGAUUCCCCUUCCCCCUCCCCCAACGGCAAUCAUGAAGAGGAAGUGAUGACAGACAGUUGGAGAGGACACAGGAAGCAUGUGUUCGUCUUGAGCGAGGCAGGCAAGCCCAUUUACUCUCGCUAUGGCAACGAGGAAGCACUUUCCACUACAAUGGGUGUCAUGAUGGCGCUGGUUUCCUUUGUCCAGAGCAGUGACGACACUAUCCGCUCCAUCCACUCAGAUGGCCACACAGUUGUUUUCAUGCAGCAGGGUCCUUUGGUGCUUGUCCUGGUGUCCAAUAACAAGCAGUCUGAACAACAGCUGCAUACUGAACUCCUGUAUGUGCACUACCAAAUAGUCAGCAUGCUCACCCAGGCGAGCAUAACCCGUAUUUUUGAGCAGAAAAAGAACUACGACCUGCGCCGCCUGUUGACAGGAUCGGAGAGGAUUCUGGAUGGUCUACUUGACCUCAUGGACACAGACCCCAGCUUCCUGCUGUCUGCUGUGCAGUGUCUGCCCCUGCUGCCUUCCCUAAGAGACUCCAUCAGCCAAAUUUUACAAAAAGCCAUCACCCCGAAUCUGGUCUUCUCCAUUCUCAUUGUCAACAACCAGCUGCUCACCAUCGUCCAAGAGAGGACGGUUCUCGAGGAUGCCAGGCUGAAGGCCACUGACCUGCUCCUGAUGCUCAACUUCAUCACGUCCUCCUCAGCGUUUCGCGGCGGUGAGAUCUGGACACCCAUCUGCCUACCCCUCUUCAACUCUGACUGCUACUUCUAUGCCUACGUCGCCUAUCUGAACCCUCCUGAUUGCACAGUGUGCCUACUUCUCGUUUCCACAGACAGGGAUGCCUUCUUUGCAAUAGCAGAGUGCAAGAGGAAGAUUGAAGAAAACUUCAGGGCUCAGAAUGUUCUAGAUGUAAUUUCAAGAGCUCAGUUGUAUGAUGUCAGUGAUGUCGGCAUAUCAGAUCUGAGGCACUUCAUGUACAUGCCUUUCACCAUUCCCGAAAAGCGCCACCAGCUCCCACAAUUCACCAGCUCGUCGAUGGAAGAGCCCUAUUUGGGUUUUGAGAGGACAAGACUGCUUGAUCUGUAUCGUCACAUUCACAGCCGGAUACACAGCCUUACACAGCCACUGAAAAUAAUCUAUCAUGUUUCACAAAGAGAGGUGUUAUUGGCGUGGACUACCAACAAGUUUGAGCUGUAUGCCUGCUUUAGCCCUUUUGUUACAAAGUCAUCUGCCAUCAACUCUGUCACCAAGUUAUUGCGCUGGAUUAAAAAGGCAGAAGAUCGACUCUUCAUCCGUAGCCCUCUGAAGUACUCCACCGUAGCCAGCACGAGAGUGAACUCCAGUGAUGGGCGGGGAAGCUCAGACAGACAAGAGGCACCAGAUGGCAACCUGUUGUCUCUUCUAUGAUCACACCUACGUGGUUUAACCACCAAACAGCCCUACUGCAACAUGAGACACUUUGAGCAUAAUAAAAUAUAAAUUUGGUUAUGACAACCCAUAACUGAGCAUUGAA